AUGUCGCUAGUUAUUUAUGCAUUGAUAGAUCGAGGCUCUACUCUAUCAUAUGUCACUCUGGUUGUCACUGAUAAGUUUGGGGUAGAACCUGAUACGCCAUUUGUUGUAUCAACACCAGUUGGUGAAUCGGUUAUUGUUGGACAGGUCUAUCGAGGUUGUGCGGUGGUAAUUUGUAGUCGUCAUCCCUUUGCUGAUCUGGUCGAGCUAGAAAUGAUGGAUUUCGAUGUUGUCAUGGGCAUGGACCGACUAGCAUCUUGCUAUGCCAUGGUUGAUUGUCACACAAAGGUUGUUAGAUUUCAAUUUUCGGAUACAGAUGUUGAACCACCAACUAUUAAGUCCAUUCUAGUGCUUAAUGAAUAUCCAGACGCGUUUCCGGAAGAAGUCCCGGGUAUUCCUCCAGAGAGGGAGAUUAAUUUUGGUAUUGAUGUGCUUCUAGACACCCAACCGAUAUAUAUCCAUCCACACCGAAUGGCUCUUACCGAGCUGAAAUAUGGGGAAGCUUCAAGAACGAAUAAUGAAGAAAGUCAUCAUUCACGGUAUUUUGUUCAUCCAGGGUCGACAAAGAUGUAUCAUAACCUCAAGGAGGUUUAUUUGUGGAAUGAUGUGAAGAAGAAUAUUGCAGAUUUCUUUGCUGAGUGUUUGGAAGCUGAGAACCAAGGAAGUAGCCUCGGUAAAGGUACUUUGGAGGAAUCAGAAUGUCGAAGAGAUGACAUGGGAAGCUAA